AUGCGAGGUUUUAUCACCAUUUCAUUUUUGUUAUUGGUUAUGACGGUGGCUCGAGGAGUAUCGGCCGAAAAACAAACUGUUGAUGAGAAUGGUGAGUUUUUUUAUUUUUGAAAAAUAUGGGACGAGAUCGGUUUUUAAAAAUUGUAGUUGACUUGUAGCUCCCAGGCUUCACAGUCUCUUUAAAAUUUUGAAAUAUUUCUUUGUUCGAAAUUUUGCAACCGCUUAUUUUUUUUCUCGUGUUGCUGUUCUCCUCAUCCCAUCUCGACUCAUAAUUCGAUUUUUCUCAUUUAACAAUUCAUCUCUUGAAAAACACUCGACUUUUACCCAAUCCACCGCCAGUCAUCAUCCUCUUCUUUCACUAAUUGUGCUACUUACAACACCCCGAAAAUAUGAAUAAUCUACUGAUUGCUCAAAACAUAGUCCUUUGGGAAUCACAGGAAACUAUUGCUUGUCGGGACGCUCUUCUGUCUGUUACGCAACUUUUCGCGUUUCCGGUGCGCACCUCCUUUAGAAGUAGAUAGAGAAAAAGUAUAGCUGGAUUAUCUUGUUUGGUUUACAAAACAUUUUUGUUGUAUAAUAUCAAAAAUGUUUUUUGCUGUGUCCAAUUUACGACUGUUUGCACUUCUCCAAAAAUCAGGACAAUUUCGUUUUCUUAUUCUUUUUCUUCUGCGUUUUUCAUCAAGGACACUUUGUUGUUUUUCCGAAUGAAUCACACCUGCAUCAGCUUCAACAUACUUGUUGCACCUGUUGUUAUUCGAACCAGUAGCCAGCUUAUCUCUAUUCCAAAAAUGAGACAUCUAUAAUUGAGCCAUGACAAUUUGACAAAACAAAACAAAAUAUGGAAUAGGGCAAGGAUGUAUCAAUGAAUGAGACUAUUGUUUUGUUUAGAUGAGAGAAGGGGGUGUCCUCGAAUUAAUUUGACGCUAAUAAAACAAUUGGGAUUAGAGGAGCAGCAGAAAAUGGAUUGAAUUUGUAUGGAAAUAACAAUAAGGAUGGAAAAUUAGUUAGGGUUUCGCGCAAAAUACAUUAAUGACACAUUUUUAUGUUUAUAAUUUUAACCCUUUCUCAAAAAUAGCAUUAGAUCUAAAAAAUAUUCAAUUCCAGUUUAUUCGUAUUUUUAUCAAGAUUUUCUAGUUGCCAUAUGCCUCCAUAAGUUUUCUUAUCCAAAAAUUUUUGCGCACUUCUUUUUAGCACCCAAUUACUCAAUGUCUCCCCAGAGAAUAGCAUUUGUGUGUUUUUUGAAUAUUGAAAAGGAUCAUAAAAGGUCGUUUAUUACUUAUUGUUCUAUUCCGCCUUUAUUAUAUCAAUGGUCGGAUUGAUGGCAAUCUCGAAGAAGCAGUCACCUUAUGCAAUUAUGGAUAUCCAUUGCCUUGCCUCCUCCCGAUUUUCUUCUGUCAGCCUAUCAAUCAAAGUUUUUAGAGAGAGAGAGAGGCGGUGUCGGCAAAGAAUCUUUGAAUGGUCCCGUCCAUAUGGAAUCAUGCAUGUUUCCCCUCUUUUUCUCUCUAUUUCCCACUGUGAAAAUUAUUAUCGUUUGACACAUUUGUGCGGUCAAGAGGAAGAAUAACUUGGGCUCAUCUUGUCGGUAAAAUAAUAAUACUACUACAAAAAAGGCAGAAGAAGUUUUGGAUGAUUUUUAUUGUUGACACUUUGGAUUAACUGGGAUGAUUAACCAUUCGAGGAAUAGGUAAAGGCACUCGAACCACUCGGCGGUAAAGAAACAUGAUAAAGGAACAUGUGUUUACACAAUAUGAGUUACUGGAGUUCACUUUAAUCGAGUUAGUUUGGAAUUAGAGUAGAAGGCACUUAGGGAUGUAAUAAGAUCUAAUUAAUGAAUGAAUGAAUAAUUUAGAUUUUGAGGAAAAAGAGAACGUGUGGUUGUUGUUGUCAGAUGGCACAGAGUUUUGAAUUUCUUCCAUUUUCCCCUUGGGAUAUUGGAAGUUCAUCUUUUCCUUUCGCCGCUUGAAACGUGAGCUCUUUUUGCGCACGCGCGAGCGUACUUGCAUAAUAAUAUAGAUAGAAACAAAUAUAUAAAUGAAAAGGAAAAGAAGCACUAUAUUUGUGCUUGUUUUGUUUGUUCUAAAUUUGAAUAUGAUUCUUUUUCUUCUUCUUUUCCUAUUAUAUAAAUAUAUAAGAUAAAAAGGGAUGUUGUCCUUGUGACUCAUAAUAAUUAAUUAAGUAACAAAUAAUAACAAUAAAUGAGGAGAAAGUGUAUUUUUCAGGAACCUAUUCUCACACGGUUUGCGAUGGAAGUUUGGCUGAAUUGAGUUGUCCGACGGGAACUGUUAUUUCAAUUGUUUUGGGAAAUUAUGGACGAUUCUCGACGCAAGUUUGUCUUGGCGAAAAUGAUAUUCCAACCAUCAGCAAUUGUCAAAAUCAUAAAACGAAGUCGAUUCUCGAAAAAAAGUGAGUUGCCUUUGUUUUUUUAAAAUUAAUUUUGCCUCUGCAUUUCAUUUCCUGACCAUGAAUUAAAGUGCACCUCAUCGAACAACAACAGGUCUUUAAUGUUGUUUUUUUCUGCUGCUGCUGCUGCUACAUGUAAAAAGUAGUCAUGCAGACACGAUAAGCAGAUGUCCCUAUUUCCAGGAGACGAGAAUCUGUCCUGUGGAAAGGGGUGGAAGGGAAGUAGAAAACAUACAGGAAAUCACAUUUAGUAUUAGAAUGAUUGAAAAAAGAAGGAGAUGAUGUUUUGUAUAGUUGAGAAAAGAUGGAUUUAGAUAAGUUAGAUGGAAUGACAAAAAUGAUAAGAGACUUUUUCGCAUAAUCCAAUUAGAAUAAUUUUUUCCCCGAAUCUGCUCCUUCCGGUUAUAUAAAUUUUUAAAGUGCACUUUGAGUUCUGCUACAUCAUACAUCAUAAAACUUUGAAAUGCACAGUAUUACAACAGUAUCUGUCGGCUCGGUUUUUAUAGACUCAUCGAUUUUUUUUGUCUAUUUACCAUUACACUUUUCCCCCCAAUUAAAUGUGUUUUUGGUCGAGAUAAUAUGAAAAUUGAGAAGGGGUUUUGUUGUUUUUGGAAAUUGAAUUCUGCAGAUGACUAACACAUGUCAUGUUUUUUUAUUAUUCAAACCCGAAUUCAUUUUUCUUUACGGUAGAGCAGCUAUGCACACACAUAGAUUCAGAAUAGUAAAUCAUGGUUGAUGAAUCGGAGAGCAGUCAAUCUCUCCUUCUCGCGCUUUUUUGAGGUCUUCUUAAUUAACGGGUGCAAGCAAGCUUUCGCCGUUGUUUUUUGGUGGCAGUCUGUCAGUAGUAAAGUAUGGCGGUGCCCUGAACUGACCAAAAAGGGAUUAUAACGGGAUUACUUACCAAGUCGUCUCUUUUUUUUUCUUGAUGCGCGAGAAGAAUAAGUGAGGGGGUUAAAAGAAUAGAAAUGCAAAAAAAAUGACUGCGAAUUUGCAUAUUUCCAUAAAAGAAUUGCCGAAUGCAGGUGGAUACUUGGAAGCUUUAAGAAUAUUUAUGAGGCGGUGAACUUUUUUCUGGAUGAAAAAUUAGAGGAAUAUUCCUAUGAGCCAGAAGUCAGCAAAACUAAUUUUCUCUCUCUGGUACAGUAAGAAAAAAACAUUUUAAAAUUUUCGCACAAGCUCCAUUCUAAGCUUUUUGCCGUAUCAAUCCGUGUCGUUCCUGUAAAUAGAUCAAACAAUGUUGUUUUGACACGUCAAAGAAAACAAUAACUCUUCUUCCUCCGAAUUCUUUCUUAUUCUUUCUUCGCUCAUUAUUAUUAUUAUUAUUACUAUUUAUUUGUUAUAUUAGUUGCAAUAAAAAGGUGUACCAGUACCAGUCAAAAAGAAACACAAAAACACAACAAUGAAUCAAAUUACCGUAAUAAAAUAUAUGUACAAGUUAGUUGUGUACAAAAAGUUCCGAGAUCCUCUCCGAAGUCAUCAAUUAUUUUUUGCCGCGCACAGUAAAAAACUAUGGAAUUUGACACCAUCAACUAUGUUUUUUUGUUGUGUUCUCUCAUUAUCCUUGAAACAAAUGCUAUACAGGUGUCAUUUCCUCUUUUUUCUACAAAUUCCCAAAGGAGUUCUUGGUUUCGGUGCCGGUCAAAAAGAGAUGUCAGAAGUUGUUAGCAUCAUGAAUAAUUGAAAACAUUAGCAAAACACUCCUGAGACUUUGCGCAAUAUCGCGUUGUCCUUUUCCAUUCGAAACGUAACAAUUAAUGGAUGUGAAAUUUGAGGUAUUAAAUGGUUGCCUAAACCCCACCAUUUUAUUGGUAAUUUUACACCAAAUACAGAACACAACAUGCAAUAUCGUUAAAUGGUCAAAGAUAAUUACCACCAUUUACCAUUUACUUGUUUUAAUGAGCACAGAGCAGAAAAAACAAGUGACAUGUGGGAAAUACAUUAUUUAUUUAACUCAAUUUGGAUUAGUAAAUUAGGUCUGAAAAAAAGCAUAAAUUUAAAGAGAAAUAGGGGUGUUGAUGAGGGAAACUAGCAAUUAGCAUUAGGCUUACAUAACUACCAUUUUUGCUGGGCUUAUACUGUAUUUAAUCGGGGGGGGGGCUGACACAUCUGCUUGUGCAAUUUUUGGUUGACUGGAUUAACCUCGAAUUAAAAAUAUCUAAGUAGUCGGUGUGAAACAUAAAUUAUUUGGGGAAUUUUUAUAGAUGUAAUGGAAAAGAGAAUUGUCGAUUUAUUGUUGACACUUUUCUAUUCGAUGAUCCUUGUCCAAUGAUGAGCAAGUAUUUGGAAGUUCAACAUGAAUGUAUUAAAGGUAUAAUAUAAUACAAGUUGUGAAGACUAGAGUGUAGUGUUGUUAAAUAUAAAACUCUUGUUGUUGUUGUGUGUUCUUUAGUAAUUGUGUGGUGAAUUUUCAGAUGCAAUGGACAUAGUUCGUGUGAUGUAGAAGUUUCGAUUAAGACGUUUAUUGAAGAUCCAUGCCCGUCUACGCCGAAAUAUCUCGAAUAUCAAUAUAGAUGUGUUGUUUCUGGUGUGUGCAUGAUUAUUUAUAUUUUUUAUAUUGCGAAUUUUUUCCAACAAAGUUAUUUUUUUUAGUUACAACUUCUACGUCGACUACAACAUCAGCGACAACAACUUCAAUAGAUUCGGAAAUUGAAGAAGAAGAUGAAGAUGCGGUUGGAAAUGUUGCGAGAGAAGAGGCAAUGCUCACAACACAAGCAUAUUAUUGUGCAGCUCGACAAGAACGAGGUGUUCAUUGGGCGAAAACGCGUGGCGGUUUGACAGUUACGACAACUUGUCCAGAAGGAACACGCGGAAAACAGACUUGGCAAUGUUUGAAAGAGGGAAUUUGGAAAGGUGAACAUCCAAAUACGGCUGGUUGUGAAAGUGAUUGGAUCGGAACGAAAUCGGCGACGUUCAGCGAAGUAGAAUCGUCUGAAGAUUCGACUGGAAUACCGGAAUUGUUGCGAAAAAUGGUGGCCGAAACGAGAAGACCGUUGGUUGGAGGAGAUUUGCCACAAACGAUUUUGUUGUUGGAGAGAAUUGGUGAUAUUGUUGUUGAGGAUUUGUGGACAAGGUUUGUGAAUUUAUUUUGGGUUGAAGGAGCAUCACGAAUUCAGUUUUACCAAAAACAAUACAUUUUUUUCAGAAAUGUUCAAAAACCGGCCACAAAGGGAAUUGUGGAAGUCACGAAUUUUUUGGUCAGAAAAUCGGAAAUUUGGGAAAGCUUCGAUGCAACAAAACGACGAGAAUUCGCAGCCAGAAUUCUAUUAUUGACAGAAAAAAUGAUGGUCGCAUCGUCUGAAAAUAUGGCAUCAAUUGAUUCGAAUAUUAUUGCGCAGCCAUCGAUUAAUUGUGAAGUUUCUCACAAGAUUAAGGUAAUUUUCGAAAGUUUUUCUAGAAUCAAUCUGAUUACAUUUAUUUGCAGAUGUCUUCGCAACCAACUGAUUAUGUUUUAUUUCCAUCUUCUGCUGUUUGGGGACCACAAGAUGUUGAUAAUGUGAAUAUUCCAAGAGAAGCUAUCACUCAAAUUUCUACUGGUAAGAUUCAUAUUUUUUGAACCUAAAAUAAAAUAUUUACAAAUUGAUUUUCAGAUGAAACACAAGUUUAUUUCACAUCAUUCGAUAAUCUUGGAACUCAAAUGACACCGAAAGAUAUAAUUAUUCCGGCACAACUUCCCGAAACUGAACCAAUUGUCAAACAACGAAAAAUUGUGUCAAAAGUGAUUGGAGCAACAUUGAUUCAUCAAGGAAAAGUGAAAAAAGUGGAUAAAUUGAAGAAUCCAAUUCGUCUCACAUUUUAUCAUUCACCAUCCAAAAUUCGACAUUUAAGAGAGCCGAAAUGUGUUUGGUGGAAUUUCCAUCAAUUAGAUUGGUCACCAGAAGGAUGUUCAAUGAGUCAACACAAUUCAAGCAUGACAGUUUGUGAAUGUAAUCAUUUGACACAUUUUGCUGUUUUGAUGGAUGUUCAUGGAAUUGAAUUGAAUGAAACUGACGAGACAAUUCUUAUAAUGUUGACUUAUAUUGGAUGUGGAAUAUCGAUUGUUUGCCUAUUUUUGACAUUCUUCGCAUAUUUGAUAUUCAGCAAAAACGGAGGAGAUCGUGUAUUUAUUCAUGAGAAUUUAUGUCUAUCUUUGGCAAUUGCUGAAAUCACAUUCCUCGCUGGAAUAACAAAAACCGACGAUUCUCUCCAAUGUGGAAUUAUUGCUGCAACACUUCAAUAUCUAUUUCUUUGCGCAUUAACUUGGAUGCUCAUCGAAGGAUAUCAUAUUUAUCGAAUGUUGGUUGAAGUAUUUCCAAGUGAUCCACGAAGAUUAGUCUAUUUCAUCAUUGGAUAUUUUGCACCGGCUUUCAUUGUUUUGUCUGGAUGGAUUUAUAGUGGAGGAGAGGGAUUCGGAAAUUCACAAUAUUGUUGGCUUGACACAAAUAAUCAAUUGAUUUGGUUCUUUGUUGGACCAGCGUCGCUUAUUUUGUUGAUUAAUAGUAUUGUUUUGAUCAAAACACUUUGUACUGUUUAUCAACAUUCAAGUGGUGGAUAUAUGCCGUGUAGACAUGAUGUAGAUUCAGGAAGACCUAUUAGGUAUGUUUUAAAAUUUUGCAAUAUUUUUUCAUGUUGUUUUUUAUUAACUUUCCACGUGAAAAUGAAUUUUUCAACAAAAAAACUAUUUUUUGCAGAUCUUGGGUGAAAGGAUCAAUGGCAUUAGGAUGUCUUCUUGGUGUCACUUGGUCAUUUGGACUUCUCUGGGUCGAUGACAAUAAAUCGGUUCUAAUGGCUUAUAUCUUCACGAUCGCCAAUUCACUUCAAGGCCUCUUCAUUUUCCUUUUCCACGUGAUGUUCUCGGAUAAAAUGCGAAAAGAUGCUGAACAUUGGUUCUAUCGACGUGGUUGCACAUCAGUUGGAAGUUCGGCUAAUUCGUCACCAAAUAAACGUGGAACUCGACAAAUUCGAGCGGAUCAAAUGUCGCCGGGAAUGGGAAGCUCUUCAGGAAGCGAAUUUUUGGUAUGUUUUUUUCCCACGAAGUUUGGAGGGUUUUUAUUUUAAAAAUUGAAACUUCACCAUAGUAUCUCUGUAGUCUCAUAAUUUUGUCAAAUCUAGAAAAAACGAACUGCUGCAUAUUCUCCAGCUCGCGCUGCAAAGCGCAAUAAAAGUAAGAAAAGUGUGGAACCUUUUAUUAAUUUUCUAACUAUCUCAAGGGCUGAAAAUGUAUGCUUCUAUCAUGGUACAAUUCACUAAAAUUAAAAAAUUAAUUUUUCCAAACCCUCUAACUAUUUUUUUCCAUGAAUUUCUUUAUAAUGUGAUUUGUUUACAGUACCCGUCGAGCGAAAAGUAUCAAACGAACACCUUGGAUACUACGAAUCGAUUGAUAUAUAAUCAAAAUCGAACAAAUAAUUCAAUGCUUCCACAUCCAAAUCAAAUUCCACCACAACUUCAACAACAAUACUAUCAAUAUCAUCAACAACUCAAUCAAAUGUAUGAACCGGGAACCUAUGAUUACGCAACAAUUGCAUACGGAGAUAUGCAUCCAGGUACACGAAUUGCUGCACCGCCAGCAUAUCAAAGACUUGCCGCAUUUUCACCGGAAAUUGCUGCCGCUCGUUAUGCUGCCAAUCAUUAUCAACAUCAUCGUCCGCCACCGGAAUUCUCUCCACCUCCACCACCUGCUGGAAUUGCGCCAAUUCCAAAUAACAAUAACAAUGGUCGUAAUUAUGGAAGUGCUCAACGUCGUCCGCCAUCUUCGAAAAUGAGCGACGAUUCUGCAUAUUCUGAUGGUGGUUCUUCUUCGAUGUUAACAACUGAAGUCACACCACAAGGUCAAACGGUUCUUCGAAUUGAUUUGAACAAGCCCAAUAUGUAUUGUCAAGAGUUGUAG